AUGUCUACACCAUCCCUCUCUACUGAUUUCACGUUUGGAGUAGAAUUUGAGUUUGCCAUUCGCUUCAAAAGAGGAUUGUUUCCUGACUACACAAGGCUUGGCCCGGGUAAGAUUCACAGCUUUAUCAAAGAGACUUUGAUUCUUGAAACUGGGCUUGAUAUUUUGACAGAAGCAGAGAUUGACCAGGAUUGCCCCCGUUUUUCCAAGCCGAAUCAAGACCCCAAUAGAAUAUCUCAGCAAGACUUAUUCAAUACAUGGGCCAUUGGCACCGAUGCCACUCUAUCAUUCGAUGAAGAGGAACACGCAGACAGAUCCUCGAUGUUCUUCGAGCUUGAAAUGAUAACACCAGUUUUGAAAUUUGGUCCAAAAGCCUUCAAGGAAAUUGACAAAAUGCUAACGGCUUUCAAGAAACAUUUCGAUGUUGUUGUCAACCAGUCAUGUGGUCUUCACGUUCAUGUUGGCAAUGGAACUAAAGGGUUGUCUUUUCAACCGUUACAACACCUCAUGGCAACUAUCUGGACUUUCGAACCUCAGAUCUUCUCCCUUCUUCGAAAGUCAAGGAACAAUGGUAAGUAUUGUGGAUCCCUUCAUAAACGCUCCAAUCUUGGUGUUUACGAAUACGAGGGGAACUUACUCAAUGUUAUACUCGGUACAUCUGACAUCAACGAAGUCGUGGCCAUGUUCAAUGGAUAUGACUCUUUUUGCUACAUGGCUUUCAAACUCGAAUAUCUUAUUCAACCUUUUCGGUAUCCUGUUAAGAGAACUAUAGAGUUUCGAGCACAUGAAGGAAGUAUGGAUUCAGAGACCGUUUUAAACUGGGCAAGUUUUGUUGUUGAAUUAGUGAGCUGGGCUCACAAGAUCAACCGUCAAGAUUUGAAAUUCUUUCUUUCAAAACACGUCGCUUCCAAAGAUUCGUCGAUAGAAGACCUCUUCAAGGAGAUCAGUUUCCCACAAUCAACUGUUGAAUUCUACCGAGAAAAGGUCGCAAGAUUACGACCAGUUGAGGAGAAGGAAGCUGAGGAAAAGAAAGCGACCAAAAAGAGGAAGGCCGAGGAGAAGAAGGCUAGAGAUGCAGCGAGGGCUGCAGGGGAAAUAGUUGAGAGCAGCGACGACAACCACAGCAGCAGCGACAACGACAGUAGCAUGGAUACGUUAGAAUCGGGAUCAUUUGUCUUUUGA